AGUUGCUGUUUGACCACUGACUGGUUCAACUGGUGGUUGGGCAAUUUUUUCGCGCAAAUUGAUAAGACUUAAAAAGAACUUGUAGAGAAAAUAAAACAAAAAUGUUUGUUUCGUAUAUUCUUACGUUUCUAAUGUGUAUUAUUGCUUAUACUUGGUAUCACGCAAGAAAAGCCUUGUCCUAUUGGAGUGAUAGAAACGUUCCAGUAAUGCAGCCGAAAUUUCCAUUAGGAAACCUCGGUGAAGUUGGAAAGAAACAUUUUGGGAGUGUUAUUGGUGAAACGUAUCUCAAACUGAAAGGGAAAGGGCCCUUUGCGGGUUUCUACAUGUUGUUGUCACCCGUUGUAGUGCCACUGGAUUUGGAUUUUAUCAAGGAUAUCCUCAUUAAGGACUUCCAGUACUUUGCUGAUCGUAAAAUAUUCUACAAUGAGAAGGAUGACCCAUUGUCAGCCCACUUAUUUGCCAUUCGUGGAGAAAAGUGGCGAAGUUUAAGGCAGCAAUUGACUCCUACUUUCACAUCAGGGAAGAUGAAAAUGAUGUUCCCACUUGUAAUUGGUCAAGCGAAAAAUCUGCAGAAGUAUAUUGACAAACAUAUUACUGAAAGUCCUACGGAAUUUAAAAACGCCUGCAUACGAUUUACAGCGGAUGUUAUCGGUAUUUCUGCUUUUGGACUGGAAUGUCGUGCAUUAUCAGAUGAGGAUUCGGAGAUUCUUAAAGUAGGGAAACAGUUUUUCUCCUUCAACACAGCUCUCAAACAAAUCAAGUUCUUUUUCUCGAUGGUUUGUGAAGAUUGGGCCCGACAGUUGGGAUUACGCUUUAAUAACCCAGAAAUGGAGGAAUUCUUCAUGAGGGUUAUCAAGGAGACGGUUAAACAACGAGAAGCCGGUAUUAUUGAUAGGAAUGACUUCAUGAAACAUCUUCUGGAAAUCAAGAAUUUUCCGAAGGAUGAUGAUGUUCUAAAUAAUUUAACGUUCAACGAAUUGGCUGCUCAAGCUUUCGUUUUCUUCUUUGCUGGUUUUGAAACAUCAUCCACAACAAUGGAGUUUACCUUGUGCAAUUUUGCUUUGUAUCCUGUGUACCAAAAACGAGCUCGUCAGGAAGUUAGGGACGUGAUGAAGAAAUACAAUGGAGAACUAACGUAUGAAGCUGUUCAGGAUUUGACCUACUUGCGACAAUGUAUUGAUGAAACUCUUCGAAUUUAUAGUCCUUGCAUUUUACUGUUUCGUCAAUGCGUUGAGGACUACAAAGUGCCAAACACAGAUUUAAUUAUUGAGAAAGGCACACAAGUUCUCGUUCCUAUUGUGGGCAUUCAAAUGGAUCCGGAUAUCUACCCCAACCCUCAUGUAUUCGAUCCUGAUCGUUUUACUUCGGAGAAUAUCAACAAUCGUCAUCCAAUGUCUUAUUUUCCCUUUGGUGAUGGUCCGAGGAAUUGCAUCGGAAAGCGUUUUGCACUAAUUCAAGUAACAGUUGGUCUCGCCUACAUCUUGAACCACUUCAAAUUUACAAUGAACUCGAAAACCAAACUACCCCUUGAGAUUGAUCCUACAGAUAUACCGAUACAUGUCAAAGGAGGUGCUUGGUUCAAUGUAGAGAAAGUAGAAUGAGGUUAAUAAGUAAGGGAGGACCUUCACACUUCACAAACAUUGUAACUUCGAAGACUUUAUAUUUUUCGCAUAUAGUACGGUGGGGUAAUUUGAUCGUUUUCCGUAGAGUGCUACUUAAACGCUUGUUUUUGGAUUGAUGAAAUUCUUUUUUACUUGUUCUAAAUCCAUAGAAUUAUUCACUGUUUCAUUCAGAAACAGAAUAUAAAAAAAAUUAUCAAAAAUAUUAAAGAAAAUUUAUUAAAUAAUGAUAAUACUGAAAUAAGUUAGCAUGCACUAACUGGAUCACCUUUUCGCUAAUUCACUUUUAAUUAAACUUUUCGAUUUAAAAUACUUUUUUUCACAAGGAAAAAACAAUAAAUGUUUUUAAUGAACCAGCAGUCAUUAGUGAAAAUAUCAUUGCUAAAAAAAAUUUGGUGAAGAACCCAGGCUGGCACAAGAAAAAAAUGAGUCGAUUACACUCUCUUAUUUAAUGGAUAAAAAUAUUAUUUUUGCUUUUUCCCAAAGUUGAAUAGUCAUAUGAUGUUACUGUAGUGACUAUAUUACGGAAAUAAAAAUAAAAAUAUUAUUUUAAGUGGAUUAGUCAUAAACGAUCCAGAUAGCGAAGCGCCCGGAUUAGCACACUUGACUAUUGUCCUUUAAUGAAUCUGGCCUAUUUUUUUUGUAGAAAAUGGGUCACUUAAGAUUAGCCCUUAAAAUAUGCCAUAAAUAGGUCAGAUUCAUUAAAGGAAUACGGGAAAAAUAGGGAGUAUUUCAAGCUAAAAAUUUGUGCGUAGCCUGAAAACCUCAUUAGAAUACUCAUUGGAAAGGACCAUAAAUUUAAUUAUAUUUUUUUAAUGGAAAAAUAACUCAAAUAAAUAUAAAAUAUAUAUGAUGAUUACAUAACAAAAAAUUAUUGAACAGCUGUUAGA